GAAGGCGGACGUCUGUUUUCGCGCACGGGAAUCCUCCAGGCCACAGAAAGCAGUAUUGCGCGCUUUUCAUUGCUACCUAAUAUUUCUUUACAUAUGGCGAAUUAAUAAAUUAACUAAGAAGCUACCUUUAAAAUAAUCAUAGCGACCACUACGCGUUAACUAAACAAGAGGUCAAAAUUAAACAUUUUGUUUCAAAACUACAUGAAUUAAUGAACAAUGCCUAAUUUCUGUGCGGCCCCAAACUGCACCAGGAAAAGCACACAAUCAGACUUGGCUUUUUUUAGGUUUCCUAGAGACCCGGAAAGAUGCCAGCUGUGGGUGGAGAACUGCCGUCGAGCUGACUUGGAAGACAAAACCGCUGACCAGUUGAACAAACACUACAGAUUGUGUGCCAAACACUUUGAACCCGCUAUGAUCUGCAAAACCAGCCCUUACAGGACGGUGCUAAAAGACACCGCCAUUCCAACCAUAUUCGAUUUGACCAGCCACCUCAAUAAUCCCAACAGCAGGCACCGGAAGCGGAUUAAAGAGCUGACAGAAGAGGACAUAAAGAGGAUCAAAGAGAGGAGAUUGGAAGCGGCUCGUGAAAAGUCUCAAAACAAGGAGAACGAGGUGAGCGAGGACCAGGACGCCGGAGCUGAUAAAGACGAGGAGCCGGCCCUGAACCCCGAGGAGAAGGAGCUGCGGGACUACCUCAAGUCCCUGUUCGAGAUCAUCGUCGUGAUCGGGAAGCAGAACAUCGCGCUGAACGGCCAUGCCGAGGUAGGGGAGGAGGAGGACUGCUUCACCCCCAGCAACUUCCAGGCCCUGCUGGAGUACCGCAUCAACGCCGGGGACGAGGUCCUCCGGAAGAGGUUUGAGAUGGCCGCCGUCAACGCCGAGUACUGCCCGUCCGACCAGCAGAGAAGGAUCCUGGAGGUGUGCGAGGGGUGCAUCCGGGAGGAGAUCCUGCAGGAGGUGCGGGAGUCCCGCUUCUUCUCCCUGAUAACGGGCGACUCGGCCGAGUUCCCCGACGGGCUCCACGUGCCUCUCUUCCUGCGCUUCGUGGACAAGUCCCACAUCCUGCGGGAGGAGUUCAUCGAGUUCCUGCCCUUCGAGGGCGACGAGGAGGCCCUGAUCGAGAGGCUGGAGUCCCAGGUGGGCGAGAAGUGGGGGAUGAACAUGGAGUACUGCCGCGGUCAGGCUCACAUCAGCUCCGGGGUGUUCGCCUGCAAGAUGAAGGCCAUCGCCACCGGCCUGGCGGAGAAGUACCCACUGGCCGUGUACACGCCCUGCUCUACGUGCGCCCUCAACGUUUACCUGGCCAACAAUCUGCUCCUGACCGGAGUGCAGGUGGUGAUGUCCACCCUGAGAAGGAUAGGCCAGUUUUUCGACAAGGUGCCCCUACUGCAGGCCGAGCUGGAGCACGCCAUCUCCAUCUUUUACCAGGGCAACGAGGAGAAGGCCAACGAGCUCAAAGAGAUCUGCCGCGGCAACUGGACGGAGAGGCACGACCUGUUCGAGCUGGCGGUGGACCUGCUGGAGUCUCUCCUCCUCUGCAUGGACAGCGUCCACGACAACGAGGACCAGAAGUGGAGCGACCAGAUCAUCAGCGACGCCUACGUCAUCUCGGAGUCGCUCGCGGACUUCGAGUUCGUGGCGACGUUAGUCGUGCUGAAAAACGCCCUGUCGUUCACCCGGGCGUUCGGCAAGAACCUGCAAGGGCAGACCUUGGACGUGUUCUUCGCCGCCAGCAGCCUGACCGCCGUCCUCCAUUCUCUCAACGAGGUCAUGGACAAUAUCGAGGUCUACCACGAGUUCUGGUUUGAGGAGGCGGUCAACCUGGCCGCGGCCAUGGAGAUCCCGGUGAGGGUCCCCCGGCUGUUCCUCAGGAAGCAGCGGGCCGAGGCCGGGGCGGAGAUUCAGCCCGAGAGCUACUUCAAGGAGUACCUGACCGUGCCGUUGGUGGGAUACGUCAUCCAGGAACUGAAGGACGUCUUCUCUGAGAACCACCUGAGAGCCCUCAAGUGCCUGUCGCUAGUCCCUGCCGUCAUGGGUCAGCUGAAGUUCAACGCGUCGGAGGAGAACAACGCCGACAUAUACAGGGGCGACCUCCCGAACCCGGACACGCUCCCCGCUGAGCUCCACUGCUGGAGGAUCAAAUGGAAACACAGGGGCAAGGAGAUCAGCCUGCCCUCCACCAUCCACGAUACCAUGCAGCUGGCCGAGGUCAAGUUCUUCCCCAACGUCUACGCUUUCCUCAAGGUCCUGUGCACCCUGCCCGUCCUGAAGCUGGAGAACGCCAGGUGUGAGGCGGCCUGGAAACGCACCAGGGCCUACCUGGCGGACACGCCCGUAAACCACCGGUCAAAGAGCCUGGCGGUGCUCAACAUCAACUACGACGUCAAGCACGACUUGGACAUGAUGGUUGAUACCUACGUUAAACUGCACCCUGAGCAGGAGAGUGAGUCACUUGUAUGAAAUCGCCAUGGUGAACUGCGUGUGGGUUUGAAUUCCUUCACUCAAAUGAUGUCUAAAUGUUCCUGUAUGGAAAAGGACAGCAGCAGAGGAACACAUGUAUAUAUGGCUCUGUUCUUUUCUCAAUGUAAAUGUUAAAUGAUCACUUCCUCUUGAGAUUUUACCAUAUGUUUUCUAUGAUGAUAUAUUCCCUUGUGUUGCCAUUUGGUAAUGUUCAGAUUUCCAACAUUUUCCAUCAUUGUGUUGGCUUUUCUACCCUUGCCAUAGUUUUUAUUAAAGUGUACAGAGUAAACUUGCUAACUUCUUUGGGAUCAGUACCAUUUCACAUAUCUAUGUUUUGGCACAGACAUGAGUGUCCAUCAGCAAUUCAAUGCCAUUGCUUAUAAUUCAGUUUUUUUUGGGCUCUUAUGGUAAAAGUAAACCUGUAUGGGAAUGUUCAACACUGCUAAAAAUGUAACCUAUUAAUUUUGAAUAUGGGAAGUUGGAAGGUGUCUUGUGCUAUUCUAAUAAAUAAAACCUAAAACUUA